UGUUAAUUUUUUAUAUACAUCGUGAAUGUAUUCUAUACACAGUUAACUUUUUUAAAUGCAUGAUUAAAGAAUUCCGACUUUUUUAUAAAAGUUUAUUUUUAUAAUACGUAUAUUUCAGGAUAUUUUGAAAUACAAGCAAAAGUUAAAACAAACGAAUGCAAAAAUCCGAAGAAAAAAAGGAAGAAAGAAAAAGGGCCAAAGGUCUGUGCCGCGCUGGGCCGGUCCAAUUUGAAGCGAGGCAUAUUUCUGAUCUCAAAAAAAUAAAAGGAAAAAAAUCCCCAAUUCCCUUCUGCCCCCUCUCCGGCUCCCGAUCUGAAUUCGCCUCCUGCCGGCCUCCGUGGUCACUGCCUCGCCGGUAGGUGCCACUGGCCGUCGCCGCCUCACGCCGUCCUCCGUGCCUCGCCUCGCCCUUUUCCGCACGCUCAGUCCACCAGCGGCCAGCCGCCCAGUCCUGCCCGGCGCCCGGCGGUGCGCAGGGUGACCGCGUGAGGCGCGCACCCUGCCCUGCACUACAGCAGCUGCCUGCAGCCACCAGCCAGCCCUCCCACCGUCUCACGAGGCCACGACUCAACAGAGUACACAGGUGUUCCUAGAUCCGCCCUCUCCCUCGUUGCCAAUGACGCCGACACCUGCGCGCGCCUCGGCAGCCACCGCACACGCCCUGCUAUGCAGAACCAGAUGCUUCGCUAGGGCGAAUCGGAUCCGGCCGACCACGAGGACCUUCUCUGGAGCGCCAGUGGGGGCAGUUGGCCCACAGGGUUGCGCGGAGAAGGUUGGUGGUGUGAAAGUUGGAGAUGACGAGCUCGACGUUGCUAUUGUUGGUGGAGGCAUGGUGGGCUUGGCUGUUGCUUGUGCACUGUCCAAUAUGCCAUUGACCAAACAUCUGCGAGUUGCAGUCAUCGAUAGCAAUCCUGCAUUGAAGUCAAGGAAUUAUCUGAAAAAAGAUGGUGUACCUGAUUCAAGGGUCAGCACUGUUACUCCUGCAACCAUUUCCAUCUUCAGAGAUAUUGGUGCAUGGGAGCAUAUUCUACAGCAAAGACAUGCAUUCUUUGGUAAAAUGCAGGUGUGGGAUUACACCGGACUAGGAUACACGAGGUACAGCGCAAGAGAUGUGGGCAAAGAAUAUCUUGGGUUUGUCUUUUCCAACGAACUUUGGAUGAUUUUGAUUUGCAUCUAGAUGUUUAGCCUGAUGUUUGAUUUCUCCUAAUACUACCUCACUCCAUACCAAUGGUUUGUUUCCUAGUUUAUAAACUUGCUGAAUACCAAUGGGUUUUUUUUCCAUCGGAAUAGUCACCUUAAAUUGAUACUUUGGAUGUUUACCUUAUCAGGAGCAAAAGAAAGACCUUGAAAAGAUGAUCUACCCUGCCCGAUUGGUGUCUCUUGCUUUCCCAUGAAAGAGCAGGCACAUAGGAGUAGGAGGAGUGAAGCUACCAUCAACUGAGGCAGAUUCCAUUGGGAAUACUUCAGAGGAACUACGCCGUAGUAGUUUGGUUAAGCUUGAUCUAAGUGAUGGGCAGACUUUAUAUUCGAAGUUGGUGGUAGGAGCUGAUGGUUCCAAAUCAAAUGUAAGGCAGGUUGCUGGCAUAAAAACAACUGGGUGGAGUUAUCCUCAGAGUGCGAUUAUAUGCACAGUAGAGCAUACAACAGCGAAUGACUGUGCAUGGCAGAGGUUUCUCCCUUCUGGUCCGAUUGCCCUACUUCCAAUAGGUGACAACUUCAGCAAUAUAGUGUGGACAAUGAGCCCAGAGGAGGCAUCGCGCCAUAAGUCAAUGAGCUCUGAAGAUUUUGUGAUGUCAGUGAACCGUGCAUUGGAUUUUGGUUAUGGACCGCAUCCCAGCUCUAGUAGUCUUGACCAUUACAUGGAAAAGUUAUUUUCUGGCAGUGGACAUACUGCAGCGUCUACAAAAGAAUGCUUUGAAGUACCACCAAGAGCAAUUGGGUUGAUCUCUGAGAGAAUGGCAUUUCCGUUGUCACUGAUGCAUUCCCAUGAUUAUGUUUCAAAAGGGCUAGCACUAGUUGGUGAUGCUGCUCAUACAGUUCACCCCUUGGCCGGUCAAGGUGUCAAUUUGGGUUUUGGAGAUGCUGCUGCCUUAGCAAAAGUUAUUUCUGAAGGAGUUUCUGUUGGUGCUGAUAUUGGGGAUCUAUCUUUGCUUAGUCGGUAUGAGAAUGACCGCAAGGCUGCUAAUGUUGCGAUGGCGGCAGUUCUAGAUGGUUUCCAGAAGAUGUACUCCGUUGAUUUCGGACCCCUCAAUGUGCUAAGAGCCGCUGCAUUCCAUGGGGCCCAGUAUAUAUCACCACUGAAAAGGAAUAUAAUCUCUUAUGCAAUGGGCGAUAAAAAAUCUCCUCUAUUCUCAUAGGCAGCAGCAGGUCUUAGAAACCUGCUGGCUUUGCGGUACUGUCGUCGAAUAGUAUGGUGUACUCUGGGCUUCUACCGAUGAGUAUUUUAAGCUAGUGAUGUUUCGCGGAGAAAUGUUAAGAGUGCAUAAAAUUUGACAAGAAAGUAGUAAUUCUACCAAAUAAAAUGAGAUCUCCUUCCGGGUGUUGUUAGAA